GCGCGCACAGCCUGCUGGGGCCGGGCUGCGCGCGGGGCCGGCGCCCGUGGUGGGUAGUGGCCGGCGGGGGCGGGAGCUAGAACCGUUGGUUGCCGGGUCCGUUCAUCGCCGCCGCGUCCCGGGCCGGGCGGGCGCCCCGCCGCCGCCAUGGAGGCGCUGAUCCCGGUGAUCAACAAGCUGCAGGACGUGUUCAACGCCGUGGGGGCCGACAUCAUCCAGCUGCCGCAGAUCGUGGUGGUGGGGACGCAGAGCAGUGGAAAGAGUUCAGUGCUGGAAAGUCUUGUGGGGAGGGAUCUGCUCCCAAGAGGUACUGGAAUUAUCACCCGGAGACCCCUUAUUCUGCAGCUGGUGCAUGUUUCACCAGAGGAUCGUCGGAAAACAUCUGGAGAUGAAAAUGACCCUGCUACAUGGAAAAAUCCAAGACACCUUACUAAAGGGAUUGAUGCUGAAGAAUGGGGUAAAUUUCUUCACACCAAAAAUAAGCUGUAUACAGACUUUGAUGAAAUUCGACAAGAAAUAGAAAAUGAAACAGAGAGGAUUUCAGGAAAUAAUAAGGGGAUCAGUCCUGAACCUAUUCACCUUAAAAUUUUUUCACCAAAUGUUGUCAAUCUGACUCUUGUGGAUUUGCCAGGAAUGACAAAGGUACCUGUAGGUGAUCAGCCUAAGGACAUUGAACUUCAAAUCAGAGAACUAAUCCUUCGAUUCAUUAGUAACCCAAAUUCAAUUAUUCUGGCAGUCACAGCUGCCAACACAGACAUGGCUACAUCAGAGGCACUUAAAAUUGCUCGGGAGGUAGAUCCAGAUGGUCGAAGAACGCUUGCUGUUAUCACAAAGCUGGAUCUCAUGGAUGCUGGCACUGAUGCUAUGGAUGUACUUAUGGGAAGAGUGAUUCCAGUUAAACUUGGCAUAAUUGGGAUAGUGAACAGGAGUCAAUUAGAUAUUAACAAUAAGAAGAAUGUAGCUGAUUCUAUCCGUGAUGAAUAUGCUUUUCUUCAAAAGAAGUAUCCAUCUCUAGCCAACCGAAAUGGAACCAAGUAUCUCGCUAGGACACUUAACAGGUUACUAAUGCAUCAUAUCAGAGAUUGCUUGCCAGAACUGAAAACUAGAAUAAAUGUUUUAGCUGCUCAAUAUCAGUCUCUGCUGAACAGCUAUGGGGAACCCGUAGAGGACAAGAGUGCCACUUUAUUGCAGCUAAUUACCAAGUUUGCCACUGAAUAUUGCAACACCAUUGAAGGAACAGCAAAAUACAUAGAAACUUCUGAGCUAUGUGGUGGAGCUAGAAUUUGCUACAUUUUUCAUGAGACAUUUGGACGAACCUUAGAAUCUGUUGAUCCACUAGGUGGCCUUAACACUAUAGAUAUUUUGACUGCUAUUAGAAAUGCUACAGGACCCCGACCUGCCUUGUUCGUGCCUGAAGUUUCAUUUGAAUUGUUGGUGAAGAGGCAAAUCAAACGUUUAGAGGAGCCCAGCUUGCGCUGCGUGGAGCUGGUUCAUGAGGAAAUGCAGAGGAUUAUCCAACAUUGUAGCAAUUACAGUACACAGGAAUUGCUGAGGUUUCCCAAACUACAUGAUGCCAUAGUUGAAGUAGUGACCAGUCUUCUGCGUAAGAGGCUACCAGUUACAAAUGAAAUGGUUCAUAAUUUGGUGGCCAUUGAGUUAGCUUAUAUCAACACGAAACACCCAGACUUUGCUGAUGCCUGUGGGUUAAUAAACAACAACAUAGAGGAGCAAAGGCGUAACAGAUUAGCCCGUGAAUUGCCUUCUGCUGUGCCACGAGACAAGUCUACUAAACCUCCAGGUGCAUUGACAUCUGCCUCCCAGGAGACCUCUACUGCUGCUUCUGCUGAGGCUGAUGGCAAGACUGCUCCUGGGGUGGGAGAUGUGACUCAAGAACCUGGAACAGGCAACUGGAGAGGAAUGCUGAAACCCUCAAAAGCCGAAGAGCUAUUAAUGGAGGAAAAAUCUAAACCAGUUACAGUCCUACCUGCCAGUCCUCAAAAAGGCCAUGCUGUAAACCUGUUGGAUGUGCCUGUACCUGUUGCACGCAGACUCUCUUCCCGUGAGCAACGAGACUGCGAAGUGAUUGAACGACUUAUCAAAUCCUACUUCCUUAUUGUCAGGAAGAACAUUCAGGACAGUGUGCCAAAGGCGGUGAUGCAUUUUCUGGUGAAUCAUGUGAAAGACACUCUUCAGAGCGAGCUAGUUGGACAGCUGUACAAAUCCUUGUUGUUAGAUGAUCUUCUAACGGAAUCUGAGGACAUGGCACAGCGCAGAAAGGAGGCAGCUGACAUGUUAAAGGCAUUGCAGCGAGCCAGUCAGAUUAUUGCUGAGAUUCGAGAGACGCAUCUUUGGUGAAGGUUAUCUCUACCCACCACAUUGUUUAUAUGGGUGGAGAAUCCUGAUGACUUGAAAAUUUGCUAAGCAUUGUAUACUUGGUAGAAUUUUAUUUAUGAACUCUUAUCUGUGUACUGCAACUAUGUGUAAAUUUGCUCAUGUAAAGACAGUUGGUUUGGCUCACAGACAGAAAAGUAUGCUGUACUUUGCAAAACAAGUCAUAUUUAAUCCACAUAAUAAAUGGCUCUAAAUGUUUCCUUACCAGUUAUCUGGUGCAAAUAAAACAGACCAAGUUUACUGUCCUAAAACAGUCUCAUUUAAACUUAGGCAGAACCAUUAAAGUUCCAGUGCCUGGCUUGCUAAACAGGUUGCCUGUGGGUUAGAUGGACAGUGUAGUCUUGUUGCAUAGUUUUAAGCUGCUUUUAUAAUAGAGGUUUAAAUACCAUGAAGAUGAGAGAGCACCAGGUAUUCUUUCAUGAGUAUACUGCAUGCACCAUGGCAAAUGGAGAUCUGAAUUUGAUACCUGGCACAGUAAAAAUGUCUUCUAUAUAAGUAUGUGUGCACCCAUUUUUUUUUCAGAAUUUUAAAAGAAAGCAGCAUUAUAAAACAAAUUUUUGAACUGGAUAAAUGAAUUUCACUUUAGGUGAGUUAGCCUGGAACUUUAAAAAACAAACAGGAGGAUUUACUAAAGAAUUGAUGCAAACCAAUGAAUGUGCACCAUGUCAUUGUUGGGGAUGAUAAUCAAGUGCAAGAACCCCUUCCCCCCUCUGGGACCAAACCUCUGGACCAUCCACUAGCAAAAUUGUUCUCAUAGGAUUUAAAAAUAAAAUGAAUUUCAAAACUGUU